UCGCAUUGACGGCGUGCGAACGGCGUCUGGCCGAAGUAGGCAUGGUGUGAUGGCUCGCUUCUUCGAGGUGCGAACGUCGAACGAGCGGCAUCACAGUCUUCCAUCGACCCUCCCGCUAUCUUUCCAAGAACCGAAUUCUCAAUGAUUGUAAAACCUAAUUCCAUUCGUUACCCAGAUCCAACCCCAUUCGCUUUCAAGCACAUGGUCCAUCGCGGCCUGUAGCCCUUUCCUCGGCGCUAUCAGGUGCCUCUUCAACUUGCGCGCCAUCAUGUUCUCCACCUUCGCAUCCACCCCCGAUUCAAACACACUCGAGGACAGCCCGUACUUCUUCGAGCAAUCCCGCGAUGACCUCCUGUCACUGCCGUUGUCCGACGAUAAUAUAAAUCUGAAAGCUGGUAUCACUCCCAUAGCCAGGCUUAGUAACCUGGGAUACAGCAAGGGGUCGAGCUCAUCGUCCGUGCACUACGGUGAUUCACACAAUACUUCGGAGCUCAGUGUUGGUCAACUGAGUGGCAGGGACGAGCGGGAAGGGUCUACUCCAGGUGCCUUUAUUCAUGGAUAUGGACAAAACUAUACCCCUUCGCCACUGCAAUAUCCGUCUACAUCCCACUCAAGAUUAGGGAAUGGUACGAGUAACCUUCAAAACGAAUCGGCUGUACUUCUAAACGGCGAUAAUACCCGAUCAGCUAUGGACGGCACUCGCGCAAAAUUCGAAUCAUCAUCGAAAGACUCUCGCGGGGAUAUUGCAUUCAUGGCAAGAACACCACAAAGCUUGGGUUGCGAAUCGCAGGCUUCAUCAACUCCAGAACUUCCUCAAUUGAAUGAGGGGGUGGGAAAACACCAUAGAACAAAGUUGCCCACGACCAAUGGGAAACUGUCUGAAUUAAAGGCAAGCUCGAGUAUCCCCCCGGAUCUGUCGUGGCCCGAAUUUGGCAGACAGUGCAUUCUGGCAGCAGAAAACAGUCGACUCAACCCAUUCACUCUACACCCGGCAGAGUAUAGGCUCCUACGGGACCACGUUACACACACACAGGUCACCAUCUACUUGAAUAUCAGAAAUGCAAUCCUGCGACUAUGGCAUCGAAACCCAAUGGUAUAUGUUUCUUACGCAGAAGCUGCAGGAUGCGCUCGCGACAAGCGCUUUUUCGGUUUAGCAAAAGUGGCACACAUGUGGCUUCUAAGGCACGGAUACAUCAACUUUGGUUGUGUCGAAGUUCCCCAUACCGCCAGCCCUAUUUCACGAGCCAAGGCCAAAAGCGCGUCGACACGGACAAUCAUUGUAGUCGGUGCGGGAAUGUCAGGCUUAGGAUGCGCUCGUCACCUGGAAGGCCUCUUCACCCAGCUAGGAGAUCAGUUGGCAGACGCGGGCGAACGGCCUCCGAAGAUCAUUAUUCUCGAAGCUCGCCCGCGCGUUGGCGGCAGAGUGUACUCGCAUCCGUUUCUCAAUCAGUCAAAUUCUACGCUCCCGCCCGGGUAUCGUUGCACUGCUGAGAUGGGCGCGCAAAUAGUCACAGGAUUCGAGCACGGCAAUCCGAUGAACGCUAUCAUCCGAGGACAGCUCGGGAUCCCCUACCACGGUCUACGUGACAACACGAUACUCUACGAUUACGAUGGAACGGUUGUGGAAAGGAGUCAAGAUGCUUUGGUGGAGAAGCUGUACAACGACGUCUUGGAACGAGCGAGUGUGUAUCGAAACAAACCUGCAGCACAACGAACUGUUGAGGGUGAUCGCAACAUGAUGCUUUUUGGGCGCGAACCGAGCGAUGCCGGUGGACGCACCAUUGCAGAGCUGGAGAAUUCAGAUAGUCCGUUGUCUGCGAACGCUACGAGCACGGCAUCAACAAAGGAAGAGAAACCUACAACGGGGGUGGAGAAACUCGCCGGACGCGCAUACCAGUUGACGGCUGGCUUCAAUCCCGACAUCACAGCAGCAGAAGCAGUGGAGGCCUUGGGAUGGAAGGUGAAGCCGGGCGUAUCGAUGUCACAAUCGAUUGAUCUCGAUACAAUCGCAAAAGCAUCCGAAUUCCCGACAUUAGGCCAGACGAUGGAUGAAGGGCUCCGGCAGUAUCAGGGAUUAGUUGAUAUGAAGCCUAGAGACAUGCGGUUACUUAGUUGGCAUCAUGCAAAUCUUGAAUACGCAAAUGCUGUCAGUGUCAAUCAGCUCAGCUUGAGUGGGUGGGAUCAGGACAUGGGCAACGAGUUUGAAGGGGAGCAUACGGAGGUGAUUGGAGGCUACCAGCAGGUUCCCCGUGGGCUAUGGCAAUUUCCCAGCAAACUUGACGUUCGCUUCAACACGCCGAUCAAGUCGGUUCAGUACAACACGGAUAAGAGCGGGGGCGGUCGGGCUGUCAGGGUGGAAUGCAGUAACGGCGAGAUUUACGAGGCGGAUCAUAUCGUCCUUACCACUCCUCUUGGCGUAUUGAAGUCCGGGUCGAUUACAUUCCAGCCUCCACUGCCCAGCUGGAAACAAGAUGUCAUUGAGCGUAUGGGCUUCGGGCUUCUCAACAAGAUUAUUCUAGUUUACGAGAAGGCGUUCUGGGAGCCAGACCGAGACAUGUUUGGAUUGCUGAACGAAGCAGAACGCGAAGCCAGCAUGCGGCCCGAAGACUACUCGGCCAAGCGAGGGCGAUUCUACCUGUUUUGGAACUGUAUCAAGACAAGUGGAAAGCCUGUGCUGGUAGCGCUCCUGGCGGGCGACGCUGCGCACUACGCUGAAGCCACGUCGGACGACCAGUUGGUAAAAGAGGUGACGGAUCGACUUGACGCGAUGUUUGCACCGAAUGCAGUCCCACUUCCAUCCGAAACGAUUGUCACGCGGUGGAAGAGAGACCCCUUUGCUCGAGGUAGCUAUUCGUACGUUGGUCCAAAGACACAGGCAGGCGACUACGAUGUCAUGGCACGGCCACAUGGGCCAUUGCACUUUGCUGGUGAAGCGACAUGUGGGACUCAUCCCGCGACGGUGCACGGCGCCUAUCUGUCGGGUCUUCGUGUUGCUGCCGAAGUCGCUGAGACGAUAGUCGGGUCUAUCCAGGUUCCAAGCCCACUGGUGGAAAAGAAGGUGGUUAAGCUAGAGCAUGCUUCCACCCCAAGCGGAGAGGGGAAACGCAGGUUUGCGCCUGCAGUGUCACCGCCAAAGGAAAACAAGUCAGUACGAGUACAGCGCGACGAGGACUAUGAAGCAGCGAUUAUUGGGGCCAUUCUCGAGCAGAUUGGGGAGCGUCCCAUCAAGCCAGGACGCACGGGGGUCAACCCGUUCCUGCUCUACACCAAGGACUUUUGGUAUUUUUGCAAAAAGGAAGGCGACGAUGCGCGGCGAGCAGCGACUGGCAAUGCCGAGGCCAAGGCGACGAAGCAGGAGAUUCGCAAUGCCAUUGGACUUAGAUGGCGCACGGCGAGUCAAGAAGUCAAGCAGCCGUAUCUAGACCAAGCCAGCCAUGCACGCGACGACGCGACGGCGAACGCAGCGGAUUUCAAGGAGCGCGUAGCUACGUGGGACCAGGAGGCAGCGCGCAUACGGCGAGAGUACAUUCAGCAGAACCCACCGCAGGGCGGGAACGAGGAUCUGAUACUGAACAGUCGCACUGCCAUUGAGCUCGGAGCAAGCAAGCGACUACGGAGGCUUUGAUUAGGUGUUUUCCUUUGCAGGUUUUGUAUUUUUUCUUUUUUUUUUCUUUUCCUUACUCUUCUCUCGUGUUGUAUCAUUCAUGUGUUAUAGUUGCAUAUUUGGGGGCGGGGCGGCAUUUGCAUUUGCAUUUCCAGCGGCGUCGGAGAUGGAUCGGCAAGGGCGUGGUUAUGAGAAUACGACGCAGGUGGUGUGCAGCGCUGGGGUGGGCCGUUGUACUGGGGGGCGUUGCGGGGGUGGCACGCGCAUCAUUAUACCUGUACCUGUACCAUGUUGAUGGUUUCGCAGCCAUAGAAGAGAGAGUUGGAAUGAAUUGUGAGAUUGCAAUGACUAGGUGC